UUCAAGAUGAAGUCGAGGUAUGGUGAUGGAGAGGAAACAAGUGAAGACCUUUUGUUCGUGUCAAGCUCCGACCCAUCAACGCAACAACCGACGAGACCACCUUGGUGUACUUGUGGUUGCUGUGUUGACAUGCAGUCUGUGGUAGUGGAGCUGUGUUGUCUGGAUGCUGCUCCUGUCAGGAAUAAGCUUGAUGAUACAUCAACCUGUGACGACUACAGCUGCAUCACUGCUCACCCUGGCCUCCAUGAAGCAUCACUCAGCAAGUACAGUAUGGAGGCGUACCAUGAGUUCAUUGACACCAUUGGCCGUCAAGUAUGAUACCUUCUAAUAAUUUUUUAAAUAAGUGUUUUCUUUAUUAAAAGAAGAUUACAUAUUUGUAGACUAAUUUGAAUACACAAAAAUUGAAAUGAGAAAUUUA